CUAGGGAUUCGCAACAACCGCUUUUCUCGCAGUAUCACGACCUCACCUUUUGUUCUCAUGACCGGAAGUAUAUUUAGCACGAGAUCUAGCGAGACCAAGCGCUGCGGUUGCGCACUAAGUGGAUGUCGGAGUUGUUUAUAUUAGUGACAUGCAGACAUGUGUCCUGCCAAGAGAUGGCGACGGCUGUCUGUACACAUGUGUCACCGUCUUUGGCCGGGAUAACUUGACACUGGCGACAAUUAUACCUGUGUACUGUACAGUAUAUCGGCAGAUGUCAACAACGAUCAUUGAUAGUGACUUUGAAGACCCAAAACCUAAUAAGAAAGGAAAAGUUGAGAAAAAUAGUCAGUCAUCUGCAACCACCACUAGUCCAGUGUAUGUGUGUCCUGUGUGCCAUAAACAUUUAAAGUCAAUAGCAGGGUUCCGUGGUCAUACUUCAAAAAAGCACGGGAAAAACAGCUUGAAAGCAAGUGAUCAUCUCCAACAACAUCUCCAACCAAAUACACGAGAAUCUCAUCUCCGGGAUGAUCUGCCGAAGACUACCAGUAGGUCUGUUGGUCAUCUCUUUAACGAAGAAGCCACUUUCAUAAGCAACUUCAAGACAGCAUUUAAUGAAAGUCUCUUGAAAAUUAGAACUGACACUUUAUUUGGAAUAACUACAAUCAUUCAAAUUGCCUCAUUUGUACAAGGCAAUUUAGCCAUAGAACAAUUCUUUUGUACAUUAUUUCUGGGAAUCUUCUCUGUUGACAUCAAUCUGUGUUUAGCACAGGAUAGAGAACUGUUUUUCAACAAACUUCAUCACACCAGAACAGAUUCAAUUUGGAAUCAGCAAUUGUUUGAUCUGUUUGUGAGUCAGGGCUGUAAGGACACUUUACAUGUGAACUGUUUUGUUCAGCUUUUUUUGUUGGAAAUUGUUGAACAAUUACUAGCUUUACAAAUUAAAUACCAUAGGACUAUUUCAAAGCAAGCACAAUCAGCAUUUUCUGAGAGUGACCAGUCCAUUUUAUUUUAUAUCUCGGGUUAUAUUAUCAAAGCUCUGAAGAAACGGUAUUUGAAAUUGAAAGAAAAUAAAACUAAACUACUUUGCUUGGAAAGGCUUAUUUGCAAAUCAGAUCAAAGUACCUUUUUGGAGACGAUUAAGAAAUGGACAAAAAAGAUUGAUCGUGGUGGUUUACACAUACCAAGUGAUAAUUUUUAUCUACUGGUUAGGGAAAUGGAACAUGUUGUUAGGUCCAAGGUGGACAUAGACAGACUUUCCGCAGACUCUCUCAAUUGCACCAGACUUUGCGAAAGUAUCAUGGAGUCCUUUAUGGUCAAGUUUUACACAAAGGAAAUCUUCCAGGAUGAUAGUUGUACUUUUACAAUUUUGGAAGACAUUGUAUCACUUUUUCUUAGAGUGCGUGGUUAUGCAGUUGUUCGUGUUGAGAGAAACAAACUUGCAUCAAAGGUUCCUCCCAAAAAGAAGAAAAGUAACAGUCUGAGACAAGACCUAAAACUAAAGAAAAAAGCCUGAUGACUUGGUCCAUUGUAAUAUAGAUCUCUUGAUUGUAUAUAACAAUCAUAUUUAUCCAUUAAUAAGCCUAUGCAUGGGAAUAAAUAAAAAUCAACCCAUGUUACUGUGUGCCACAUCAUUAUUAGUUUUGAUGUUCAUUGUCGACUGCAAGCUUGCAUUUGACUCCUGUUGGCUCCCAUGGCAUUAGCUUAUUACAGAAUAAAUGUGGUAUUAUAAUUUCCUCCUCACACAUUAACCUUAAUUGUAACAUUAUAAAAAUGUGUACAUGUGAAACUCAUUCAUGAACUGUUUAUUUUUAGACAUUAUUUUGAUAAAUAAAUAAUGUAAUUUUAUGUUACUUUACAUUUUCAAAAAUGUGAUGAAUUGAAUACAUGUACUUCAAUUUAAAAUUAAACAAAUCACUAGAAAAAUGCACGCCCAUCUGUAAGUUAUAACAUGUACACAUAAAUAAGAGUACCCUCAGCAUGAAUUAAAAAAAAUCAAGUAACAACUAGAUAAAAUUCAUUUAAUUUUAUUUGAAAUGAACAUGCAUGUUCAAAACAAACUACAUAUAUGAAAUUAGUGAAUGCUUAUCAAUGUAAUAACCUAUUAAAAAAAAGUGUAAUGUCAAUUAUGGCCCACCAGUUGUUUAGAUAUACAUAUGUAUAUAUUAUGUAUUGAUUCAGGGUAAUCAAAUGGUUGCAUUUACAAAUGUAAAUUCUUAUUCUCGUUCAUGUAGAAAAAAACAAAACAUGUUGGAUGAAAAUAAUACUGAACACAAUGUAUACAAAUUGUCUUGUUUCUUGGCAUAUUCAUAAUAAUAUCAAAUAUAUUGAAUGCUUUAUCAAUAACAAAUAAAUGUACAUUUCCGUGAGUAACCCAAUACCAUAUUCAUCGUAAUUAGUGCACCUUUAUGGAGUAACCGAAUACCAUAUUCACCAUAAUUAGUGCCCCUUGGUGGAGUAAUUUGAAUUACAAUGAAGUUUGCCAUCUCAUUUUGUCACAAAAUCAUUAUGACAUUCAUCUAUUUACUUAGCUUCUGGAUUAUAUACAUAACAAUGUAAAAAAAAAAGUGGGUUUAUGGUACAAGAAAUAUAGAUGUAACAAAUCAUUAUACUCAUUGGAAUAUAUAUGCCAGUAAGCACCAUUUUAAAUAAAUCCAUAAAACAUGUUUGACAGUAAUUACGGUGAAUAUGGUACCGGUGCUAUACACAAAUUUAUUGAACAAUGACUCUUUCAUAUUUAUAUUUUAACAAAGUUUUACAAUAAAAAUCUGAAAUAUUCAA